GGUGAGAAACCUUUCUCAUGUGAAACUUGUGGAAAGUGUUUUCAGAAGAAAUCUAAGUUAGUUAAUCACAUCAGAGUUCACACCGGUGAGAAACCUUUCUCAUGUGAGACCUGUGGAAAAAGUUUCACUCAAAAGCAAAGUUUAACUGUUCACAUGAGACUUCACACGGGUGAGAAGUCUUUCUCAUGUGGGGCCUGUGGAAAAUGUUUCACUUAUAAAAAAAGUUUAAAACUUCACGUGAGAAUUCACACUAGUGAGAAGCCUUUCUCAUGCGAGAUUUGUGGAAAAAGUUUCACUCAUAAAAUCUACUUAACUGCUCACAUGGUAACUCAUACAGGUGUAAAGCCGUUCUUAUGUGGAACUUGUGGGAAAUAUUUCCCUUAUAAAAGAAGUUUAAAUUGUCACAUGAGAACUCACACGGGGGAGAAACCUUUCUCAUGUGCUACCUGUGGGAAAAGUUUUGCUUUUAGGUCUGAUUUACGAAAUCACAUGAGAACUCACACAAGUGAGAAGCCUUUCUCAUGUGUGAUUUGUGGGAAAAGUUUCCCUUAUAAAAACAGUUUAAAUCGUCACAGGAGAUCUCACACAGGUGAGAAG